UCAAAUCCGAUCAGGUCCCACCGGUCAUUCUUGUAUUCAUUCGCCGGUCUCAACUUCUUCACACUCUGAUUCGGUCACAAAACCAAACACAACCACUGACAACACAAACUCAAAAAAGAAAACCCAACACACAACCCACAAGCAAAGCAAAUAUGAAGCGAACAUCUGACUCCACCACCUCCUCCACUAGUAGCACUGAUAACAUGGACGCCUGGCAACAAUGGCAAGCCAGCUUCCGCCCCUCCAAGAGAACUUGUUUGCUCGAGGACGACUCAAUUGAUCAAGCCGUUCAACAGCACAUGAGCCUCACUCCAGUGUCUGUUGAUGAUAUCCCGGAAGAAGCACUCGAAUUUCUUCCUCUGCGCAACAAUAAGCGAUCAGGACAAGAAUCUCAUGACGAACUCGCCACUUCUAGCGCCUUGCCGCUUGUUCCUCUUCGACGAGACCACUCUUCUGGUGGCGCUCUGUUGCGAAAUUGAAACUAGCGAAAAUCCGACACGCUAUUUUAAACGCAGCUUCCAUCAAGCCAGAUGGAAGCUUAAAUUCACUACACGAGGAUACAUCACUGUGAACUUUUAAAAAAUACAACUGUAAAUAACUAGCACAAUAUCAAUCACAUCAG